AUGUCAUUUUCCUCGAACAAAGACAACAAUAAGAUGGAACUGCUUCAAUUUCCAAAGGAGAUUAUUCUCUUAAUUGCCGACUUUUGUGAAUUGCGCGAGCUCAACCGGCUUGCACAAUCAUGCCAAAGCUUACAAUGGCUUAAUAACGAGCUCUAUAGGCGCGACGCUCGCCAAGGUGCUUUUGCACUAUUUUGGGCGUCUAGCAAGAGCUCACGAGAAGGACCGACAAUAUACGAUUCUACGGCUAGGCAUGUAAUUAAUGCAGCCAUCGAUAUCCACGCGACGGGUAUUUCUUCAAUUGCUGCUAUAGCUACCCUUGUCAACAUGAGAGGGUACUAUCCAGUUACUGUUCAUUAUCCCCGUGUAGCACCACAAUCACGGCGGAAGCGGUGUUAUGGGAGUUUUAUCGCGACUACCACGCCUCCAAGACGAUCCAUCACGCCUCUAGGACUCUCGGCGUUGACAGAUGAUACGCGGAUGGCUCAACUCCUCGUUAAGUACGGAGCCGACGUCAACCUGCCCUGUAACGACCAGAAUGGGGGGGACACGCCGAUCGAGCUUGCAAUCUGGUCACUCUCCCAUAAUAUGGUCAACUACUUGGUCGAUAAAGGCGUGAAUAUCCAAGUAACGACCGAUACUGGACGCGGUGCGAUCGGCAUGAUCGGACUGGCUGUCGAGCGGGGGAAUAUGGAAAUCCUUAAGUCGCUACUUACCGCGACAAACGAUCCGGACGAAAAGGGUUUCGCCAGUCGCUCUGCCCUCUAUAUUGCGGUGUUGGACGGCUGUGAAGAAUCCGUGAAGCUGAUCUUGACGCACCCAGGCGUGGAUCCGAACUAUAUUGGCCCGGGGCAACAUGGAAAUGCCGCGCUGCACGCAGCUUGUGAAUUCCGUUGGCCACGGUGUGUUGAGCACUUGUGCAAAGACAACAGAGUAGAUUGCAAUGCGCUCAACGAACGGCAGAAAUCAGCCGUUGACCUAGCGAUGGAAGUUCGGGACUGGGAGAUUGUAUCACAUCUUGUUAAUUAUGGGCAUCUUCACAGACAUCCAGAGGCAGACCGAAUCGAGGCGAUUUUGCGGUCUCGUCAGUCGCCGGCAAGUUAUAGAAACUACUCGAAUUAG